AUGACCAACCUCCACCGCAUCAAACUCUUUAUGCAUCAUCGACGGAAAAUUGAACGCCGUCUGAUGACAUGGCUCUUACUAUGUGGCCUUACCAUGAUCGUUUUCUACGUAGUACUAGUGGUCGGAACAGGUGCCUACAUCUUUUACAGUCAAUUCUUGUCAAAAACUACCGUGUUACAAUUACAACAACAAUUUCAAUUCCGAGAAGAUCCGAUUGUUAAACUACUGGCUGAUGAUGUGAAUCAACUUGAGGUAGAUGAAGGUAAUAAUGUAGUCGUGAAUCGACGACCAGCUGAUGUCGGAUUUAAUAGAAUGUUGAGGAUGAGACGAUUAUUGAACUACGAAAGGUCUAGAGCUAAACGAGAAGUGGAUUUUACGGAGUUUUUGAUCAACAAAACUGUGGUCAGUGAUCAAUCAGCUAGAGUUAAACGAACAAGUUGUUCUGAACAAGGUAAGUUAAAAUUUUGAUCAAUAAUAUUUUUUUAAAAUUUAAAUUAGGUAAAAAUAGAUUAAAGUUGAAUUUAAAAUGUAUUUUUUAUCAAAUUUUUCUAGUUUACAAAAUUUUGUUUGAAAACCUUUCAUCGUAUAAAAUGGUUUGCGCAGGUUGCGCCGUCUAUCGCCUGUUUUCUUUGUUUUUUGUUAUUCUAGGCUUACCUUUAACAAAAUAAGGCUUAUUUCGACUAUGUUUUAUCAUUUUUAUAUGUUAAAAAUAUAACUUUAUCUUUACUUUACCUGAUAAUCUCCAAAAACCAUGAAUAAUAUUAUUUUCAGCGUUGGGGCAUGUGUAUUCAACGGAUGCGGACGACGUAUUUCCUGAUGACCUCUUUACCUUGGCGCAAAGACGAAAUGGUGCAAUAAUUCUACAUUUCUGUGGCCUUUGCUACAUGUUUGUAGCAUUGGCAAUUGUUUGCGACGAGUUCUUUGUGCCGGCAUUGGGAGUUGUUACUCAAGAGGUAGGAUAAUAUAAUAUUGAUGUUUUUUCCUGCUUUUUCAAGCUGGUAGCUUAUUUACGAGGAUGUAGAGGAUAUUGGAAGUUAUGAUAUUAGGGAUUUUGAAAAGAAAAUGUUAGAAAUGGUGGUAAACAGAUUAAAAUUAUAUUAUAGUUGGGCUUGAUAAGGAGGAAAAGGAAGUAAUCGAGCUGUGACGAUCAAAAUUGAUAUUAUACUGAAGUCUUUAGGCUAUUUAUAAAGAUAUUUAACUUUUUAAUUGUGGUUUACUUUAUUUUAGCUUGACAUAUCAGAUGAUGUGGCUGGAGCAACGUUUAUGGCAGCUGGUGGAUCUGCUCCUGAAUUCUUUACAUCAUUAUUUGGAGUUUUCAUUACACAGAACAAUGUUGGGGUUGGGACGAUUGUUGGUAGUGCAACGUUCAAUAUUCUUUGCGUUCUGGCGUUUUGUUGUCUGUUUUCUCGACAAGUCUUACACUUGAAGUGGUGGCCAAUGUUUAGGUAACAUUUUGGUUUUAAAAUGGAUUUGUGGCGUUCUGUAGCAUGCUGUAGGGUUCUGAAGCAUUUAAAAUCUGAAUUUUAAAGUUUUUAAUGUAAAUGCCCUAUGCAAUAGUGCCAUUUUGCAGAGACAUGUCGUUCUACGUGCUGGCCCUGUUUGUGUUGUUGAUGUUCUUCCGUGACGAGCAGGUGGACUGGAUAGAAGCUCUGUGUCUUUUCAUGAUUUACAUAUUAUAUGGAAUUUUUAUGAAGUAUAACGAGUUCUUCGAAAAGCUCAGCGGUCGAUUGAUCUCCGGCCGAAGUGUGAUCACUCCACAACAGCAGCUGGUCAAGGUGGGUACAAUGUAUUGGUAUUAAUGGUGCUACAAAACUCUUGGCGUUUUUGUACUCACAAAGUAAUAUAAAUUGACGACAAGACUUUUGAGGCUUUGAUAAUUGGCCACAAGACUUCCUUAAAGCUCUGAUUUUUAUAUUGUAGUAGCCUUCUUCCCUAAAUGAAGUAAAAAUUUUCAAAAUAUUGAUCAAAUAAUCUAAAAUGACAUUGUAUUUUAGAUAGAAUCAAGCUCAAAUGGUCUUCAUUUACCUGACAGCCCAACCAAUGAGUCCACCAUGAAAGUAGAAAGGAACAUUCCAGUUUUACAUUCUGGAGCCAUGUUUCGAACGGGUUUAAUGCAUAUGGCAUUGGAGGACAUGGAAAUUGCUUCCGAUACUUCUUCUUUGCCUGGGGGAGGUAUGAGGUUCAAAAAUAUUAUUAUCUUACAAGCUUUAUUUUUUUUUGUAUUUUUAGUGUCAGUAUUCUCCAGCCAGCAUGAGCUAACUCCAAGGCCAAGGCUAGUCAAAACAAAAAGUCAGCCUUCAAUUACACCUUUGAAAUUGAAGCCCCCGAGGGCUGGUGAGUCUUUAAAAUUUCUUUUUAGGACAUUUUUCCUUGAUUUCUUAAAAAAUCAUGGUUAAUUUUGUUAUUUUUAAUGGGUGUUACCGUAUAAUUUUUGAUUUUUUUUGUAAAUUUAGGUAGUUUUUGAUAAUAAUUUGUAAAAAAUGGCGUUUUUAUGUUUUAAAAACUACUUUUUUAAUUGAAUUUUAAUAAGUCGUGAACAAUUUCACCCCACCCUCCUCAUUUUCAGCCAAACCCCGCUCCGUAGCGGCAUCAGCGAUCGACUUGGACCGUGUGAGUGUGGCUUCAUCAGCGUGGUCCAAUUCGACCGCAGCGAUUGGAUCAGUCCAUUUGGCCAACGGAAAUGGGAAUUCGCACGUAAACACAAAGAAAGAGCCGGUAAACAAGCCCAAGCCUGAAGAUGAAAUUGAAAAACCGGUCGAUAUUUCAUGGCCAACGACCAAUCGGAAGCGUCUGGUAUAUAUCAUGCUGAUACCGAUCAUGAUACCAUUGUAUAUUACGCUUCCUGAUGUUAAAAAACCGGUGAGAUUUUGGGUUUUUGGGGUGGAUUUUAUUAGGUUUUUCAGAUAAUUCUGUGCUCUUUUUAAUGCCAAUUUUUGGGGUCAGGGGGCAAAGAAUUAUUUGAACAACCAAAUAAAUGAAAUUUUGAAAAUUUGGAUGAUACUGUGCUAUUUUUAAAAAUUUUCUUAAUGAUACAUGUGCCAUUUCUUCCACAACAUCUUCAAGACCAUUACAAAACCAUAAAGUUCAAGCUGGCCAAGUGUAAUACGAGUAACAUAGGCUUGUUUAAUCUCUGCUUACGUCUUUUUCUCCUAAUAUUUUAAAAAGAUUAAGAAAACAGAUUAAUGCUCCGAUCUUGUGUCACGCAAUCCGGUGGACAAUCGGAUGCAUUUUACAACAACUCGUAAACAGUCCAGUAGCAUAAACUAUGCAAAUUAUCUUCAACAUUCCAUUGAACUGUAGCGCUUUUGAAUAUGAUGUUAUGGGCUCGAAACAUGAUGUUAGAUACUUAAAAUGUGAUGUUGUGUGAUUAGAUUAGUACGUGUAGGUGGUGAAGUUAAGAAGAAUGAUAAAAGAAUGCGUUAGUAGGUAUGAAGAUGGUCUUUGGUACAUGAAAAAUGAAAAUUAAAUUUAAAAAAAGUAAAAUUAGGCUAGCGGUAGACUUGUAAAGGGACCUGGCUUAAUUUUUUUUUGUACGGGCCAAGACCUUUAUUGUGCUACCUAAUGUGGGACUGCGAGGCCUUGGUUUGGGUCCGAAUUCAAGUAAAAUCUUUGAUGCAGGACUUAAGUUAGGCUUCCGAGGUACUGGUUUGGGCUCGGCCCUUGGGCCAAUUGUGCCGGUUUGGCUCUUUUCUAAGUUUCUUUGGCCUGACUUAUCUCGGCAUGGGAUCGGGCACAUUUGGCUCAAUUUUACAUCUAACUAACAAGUUGUGACAGUAUGAUCUUUACCUAUAUAUAGGCUUAUAUUGGCUACAGGGGCCUAGAUGAAUCAUCUUAUAAUACAUCUUCCAGGGUCGUCAAAAGUUUGUAAUCUGGACUUUCUUUGGCAGUAUAUUGUGGAUUGCUUUCUACUCAUAUUUAAUGGUAUGGUGGGCAAAUACGAUUGGAUCAACAUUGGGAAUGCCUAACGAAAUCAUGGGACUCACGAUACUGGCUGCUGGUACCAGUAUACCUGAUUUGAUUACUAGGUAAAAGGUUUUUUUAUUUUAGGUAGCUUUAAGGAUCUACUUGGUUGUUCAACUAUAUCUGUGCUGUUCUUCAAAGCAACUUUUUGCGGUUGAAGGCACAAAAUUAUUUGAGUAACCUAAAAAUGUUUUAAUUUUGAACUAAAACUUUUAUGUUUUUAUAUAAAAAUCCAUUCAAAGCUUUAAGUUUCAAUAUUAUCGCAGAGUUACUUCACAUUUUUAGUAUCAUUGUGGCCAGAAAAGGUCUUGGAGACAUGGCCGUAUCAAGCUCAAUUGGCUCCAACUUGUUCGACGUAUGUGUUGGGUAGGUUAAUAUUAUUAACCAGGAAACUACUCGACAUGCCCUCUGUACUAAAUUGCGCUUUUUAGCCAAUUUCGAAAAAAUUGAAAUGAAAUAAUUACGUUUUGAAUUUUCUGCCAAAUUGGCAUUAUGGUCAAAGCUUAUAACUUUUUGAUCAUUUUUCUUUUAUAUAAAUACUAGUAGAAAAGCUUUAAAUGGUUUGUUAUUUUUAUAUUUGUAAGCAUAGCCUGUUUGGAAAGUCGAAAAGUGUGCUUGAAACAUAAUGCCAACUUUGGCAAAAUGGCCGGAAAUUUAAAAAUUUAAAUUUUAAAACUCAAAAGCGCGUGUCAAAACUUUUUAUGUGUACCAUUAGUGGUAAAAAGAAUUUUUAUAAAAAUUAUGAGCUGAUUUUGAGCGCGGCGUAAAAAUUUAAAUUUUUUGUUAUUUAAAAUCUUGAAAAUAUCAAUUACCUACUAUAAUAUCAAUACCAGUUACCUACUACAAUAUCCUAAAAACCACUAUUAUAGCCUCCCAUUCCCAUGGCUGCUCAAAUUCUUUAUUGACUCCGUAUUUUACUCAAGAUAUCAAACCAUAUCGAUAAUCUCAAACGGCUUAAUAUGUUCACUUGGUAUGUUGUUCUCCAUGCUGGUUAUAUUGUACAUAAGUGUGUGGGCGUUCGGAUGGAGGAUGAACAAAAAGUUUGGUUUCACCAUGAUCACAUCGUAUGUGGCAAUGUGUAUACUCAGCGUUCUGCUCGAGUUGGACAUAGUUUUGUGUCCACUGCGGCGGUUAACUCACAAUUGUUAG